AUGGCAUGGUCAUUUCUCCUUUGGUUUUUUCUUUUAGCUCCCUCUUUUCUUUCACUUCCCCUUCGAUUUUUUCUUUCAGCCACUGCUGCCAAGGAUUUCUUUCAGCCACCGCUGCUAGUGCCAGGUAGCGACCAUUGUGUCGAUUACAUUUGGGAUGGUCUCUCUCUCUCUGAGACGCAAAUGAUAUGGAAAAGGGGGAUGGUGGUAGCAGUCAUGGGUUUGUCGUAAUGCACAUGAAGUGUUCGUCAAAAUGCCUACUGUCCCAAUCACCACCACCUACACCCCUUC